UUAAAAAAAGAAAAAACAAAAUGGAAAUGUGGGCAUAUUGAUAAUAUGUUAUGAUGUUAUGUGAUUUCUUGGUAUCCUAUGUAAUUUCUUGAUAUCCUAAAUAUACGAUUGAUGAAUACAAUUAGUGAUUCAAGUUGGUGAGUUGAGAAAGAGAUGGUUGAAUCAAAAUAAUUUAUUUUUUGAAGUUCAAUUUUUGUUAGAGGACCAUAUGAAUGUUAUACCAUGUUCCAUUAAAACACUCAAGGGGUUAUACGAUAUAUCGGGUGUAGAAGUAGGCCAACAUUUCUAUUGGCAAAUAGGAGGUUUACAAGUCCAUGCCCAAGUACUUAUCACUUCUUGGGUAGUAAUUGCUAUCUUAUUAGGUUCGGUGAUCCUAGCUGUUCGGAAUCCACAAACCAUUCCGACCGGCGGUCAGAAUUUCUUCGAAUAUGUCCUUGAAUUUAUUCGAGACUUGAGCAAAACCCAGAUUGGAGAAGAAUAUGGUCCUUGGGUUCCCUUUAUUGGAACUAUGUUCCUAUUUAUUUUUGUUUCUAACUGGUCAGGUGCUCUUUUACCUUGGAAAAUUAUACAGUUACCUCAUGGGGAGUUAGCUGCGCCCACGAAUGAUAUAAAUACUACUGUUGCUUUAGCUUUACUCACGUCAGUCGCAUAUUUUUAUGCGGGUCUUAGCAAAAAAGGAUUGGGUUAUUUUGGGAAAUACAUUCAACCAACUCCAAUACUUUUACCAAUUAACAUCCUAGAAGAUUUCACAAAACCCUUAUCUCUUAGUUUUCGACUUUUCGGGAAUAUAUUGGCUGAUGAAUUAGUAGUUGUCGUUCUUGUUUCUUUAGUCCCUUCAGUAGUUCCUAUACCUGUCAUGUUUCUUGGAUUAUUUACAAGUGGUAUUCAAGCUCUUAUUUUUGCAACGUUAGCUGCGGCUUAUAUAGGUGAAUCCAUGGAGGGUCAUCAUUGACUAGCUUUCAAAAUAGUCUUUUUAUUAUUAUUUUUUAUUAUUAUUAUUAAGUAAGUUUAUCCCAAUUCAUGCGUGGUUCAAGAUAAUCCAAUUGGUUGGGGAACAUAAUAACGUAUUACUAUAUGACUUAGAGUUUUAGGAGAAAAGAUGGACGGUAUUACAGAAUUGUAAAAAAAAAAAGAAGGGUUGGGGAGGUUAUACUAGAUGUAUGUAAUGUCUAUAAGCUCGGACCCCGUCUAUGUUUCUAGGAAUGAUUCUAGAAUCCGAUUUAAUCUAAAAAAAAUGCGGGUGGUUUACGUUAUGGAAGAAACAAAUAUAUAUGUCAUAUUAGAAUGACAUUAGAUAUUCAUUAGUUAUAUAAGGCUAUCCCUAUCAUCCUAUAUAACAUCACUAUAUUACAUAAUUACAUGCUAUUACUUAAUUACAUGCUAUUACUUAAUUACAUACUAUUACUAUUUUUAUAAUCAUAACUUCUACUCUGUAAUCAUAAUAUAAUCCUAUACAUAAUAUAAAAUAUAAUCCUAUACAUAAUAUAAUCCUAUAAUGAUAAUAUAAUAUAAUAAUAAUAUUAAUAUAAUAAUAAUAUAAUAAAUAUAAUAAUAAAUAAUAAUAAAUAAAUAAAUAAAUAUAAGUAAAUAAAUAUAAGUAAUAAAAUAAGUAUUAGUUAACAUUAAUAAUUAGUUUAAUAGUUAAUAUUAAUAUAAGUAUUAAUAUUCAUAUGUAAAAUAUCUAAGUAUCAAUUAAGUAUUAGUUAAUAUAAUCAUUUAUAAUUAUAUUAUCGAUAAUUAUUAGUAUUAAUUAUUACUAUAUAUUGAUAUUGGUACUACUACAUACUUUUAUAUUACUACAUAUUGAUAUAUUGAUAUUGAUUUGUAUUGGUAUUAAUUUGAUUGAUAUUGAUUGCAGCUCACACUGCAUUUAGUCACACUCCAUUUAGACGGAUUUCAAUAUCAGUCCUUCUAUUUUGUCUGUGAUUGUGGAUUGAAUGAACAAAGAGAUGAACUCAAGAAUGGUGUAGUAAAGAACGAAGAAUUAAAUGAAAGAGUGGUUCGAAACAAAGAAAUACAAUAGUUAGAACUGUAUGCAUAUGGAUUUACAAAAACUCCAUUAUGGGUAAAAACGAGAUAGUUGUGACGAUUCAGUUCAGUAAUUUAGUAAUAUUAUCAUUUCAAUUCGGAGUUUUUAGUUACUUCGGACCGCUGGAUCUUAAUGAUAAAAUGAGUAAUAAUUCAUUGGUUGAUUGUAUCAUUAACCAUUUCUUUUUUUUUGUGCGAGGAACUUACCAUGAAUCCACUGAUUUCUGCCGCUUCCGUUAUUGCUGCUGGAUUGGCCGUGGGGCUUGCUUCUAUUGGACCUGGAGUUGGUCAAGGUACUGCUGCAGGCCAAGCUGUAGAAGGUAUUGCGAGACAACCAGAAGCAGAGGGUAAAAUACGAGGUACUUUAUUGCUUAGUCUAGCUUUUAUGGAAGCUUUAACAAUUUACGGACUGGUCGUGGCGUUAGCGCUUUUAUUUGCGAAUCCUUUUGUUUAAUCCUAGAAAUAAAUAGAAAAAAGUACCUUACAUACUUUUUUCUUAUUUUAUUAACUUUAACUUGGAAUUGCCCUUUGCUUCUUCGAAUUAUAUUUACACUUUACUUAUAAAUUACUUAUUUGUUGAGACAAUACGCCAGGAAGGGCUGAUUUGAGGAUGAGGAAUUACCAGAUUCGCUUGCUUUCUUCCUUUCUGUCCUUAGCUUAGUACAAUAGAAAACUUUUUUACUUUCAUUGUUCGAAGCGUUUCAACAAACGAAAUAGUUAUCAAUUGAUAUGAGAUCUAAGACCUAAGUAAAGUAUCUUAUUGGAAACUUCUUGAAAACUUAAAAAAUAAUAAAUUUCAAACAAAUGAUUAAUCUAUUGCCAUUAAAUAAAGUGGAAAUGAAAUUAAUAAAAAGAAAUCGAUCAAAAAAAGGCGAGUGAAGUGAUACAAAAAGAACUCUGUUCUUUGUUAGUCCUAUCCAUAAGAGAGGGGAGCAUAUGAAAAAUGUAAUCGAUUCUUUCGUUUCCUUGGGUCACUGGCCAUCCGCCGGGAGUUUCGGGUUUAAUACCGAUAUUUUAGCAACAAAUCCAAUAAAUCUAAGUGUAGUGCUUGGUGUAUUGAUUUAUUUUGGAAAGGGAGUGUGUGCGAGUUGUGUAUUUCAAGAAUAGGUUGGAUCCAUCCAGCUGCACUUUAUUUAUGGUAUUUAUAGGAGAAAUAGGAAAAAGGUGCACGAUCUCGACGAAUUACUUCUGAAUAAAUUAAGAAAUCAUAUGUAAGAACCAUAGCAUUUCGUGACUUAUUGGUAAAUCCACUUUGAUUCUCUAUCAACCAAUAAUGUGAGACCAUUAACAUGGUUAAAGCUAAAUUGUUUAAAGUCCAGGUAAAA